CGUAUGUACCGAAUCAAAACCUGAUCAAACCAACUGGUUAUGGGAUGAUAUGAAUCAUACAAUUAUUCAAUAAGAGGGUGUUUUCGUAAAAUUGUAUUUAGAAACGGGAAAAACGAGCCUUACCUCGUCUGGUUGGCGAGAAACGAGAGAAACUUUGACCGGAGAAAUUGAAGCGACGGAAAAAAUCUGUUGAAACGGCUCUGAAGGCUGAAGAAUUUAUAAUCAGACGAAGCCACUCCAACUUGGAUUACUCAUGAGCUCGCUAAACUCCAUUUUCCACGAUUAGUUAGUCUCCUUCUCUCUCGCGACUGUUGAGCUAUUUAGAUUUCAUAUCCCAUUCUCCGGAUUUUGGUUGUCCAGUUCCGAGUGUGAUUUCAAGUUCCGAGUGGAACUUGGUGUUUCUCCACAGGUGUCGUAUGCGUGUGUGCAUAUUCAUAGAUAUAUUGAUUCAACAUGGAAUCUGCGUUUAGUAUUCAGCGGCUGAGUUUGUUUCAUGGUGGGGAUGCUGUGAGUUACUUGUUGCCGAAUCGGUUGACUAGUGCGAAACUGUGUCCCAGAGGUACUCGAUUGAGGAGGAAUGUAGCGCAAAGGGCCACUUUGAGUCAUUUGCAUCCUCCUCGAAAGUCAAUACUUGGCCAAGCUAAACCUAUCCCCUUUGGAUUUAGGAUCAGUUGUCAAGGUAAUGGUUCUCUUGGUAAUGACUCUGAAAGCGAAGCUACACUUUUGAAAGGAGAAAAAGAUGUGAGAGCCGAAAAGGAAGCUGACAGUCUGGAGGAACUCAGGGAGUUACUACACGAGGCAGUCAAAGAAUUGGAAGUUGCUAGGCUCAACAGUACCAUGUUCGAGGAAAAGGCUCAGAGGAUCUCAGAGACCGCGAUAACACUCAAGGAUGAGGCAACUAGUGCUUGGCAUGAGGUCAACAAAACCCUUGAUGUCAUGCGAGAUACGGCUGAUGAGGAAUCUGUGGCCAAAGAAGCUGUUCAGAAGGCUACUAUGGCGUUAUCCUUGGCUGAAGCAAGGCUUCGGGUUCUAGUUGAAGCAGGGGAGGAAGGUAAUGGUAUUCCAGAAGCUUCUCAGGAUUCUGAGAAAAUAGAUGAUGUUGACGAUAAAGAGGAAGCCAUUCUAGCUGCCAAUGAUGACAUUAAAGAAUGCCAAGUGAAUUUAGCUAAUUGUGAGGCCCAGCUGAGUGGUUUGCUGAGCAAAAAAGACGAGCUACAGAAGGAAGUGGACAAGUUGAAUGAAUUUGCUGAGAAUAUACAGAUCAGUGCCUUGAAAGCCGAGGAGGAUGUCGCAAAUAUCAUGAAAUUGGCUGAACAAGCUGUAGCAUUUGAGCUUGAGGCUACUCAACGCGUUAAUGAUGCAGAGAUUGCAUUGCAGAAAGCAGAGAAGUCUCUAUCCAUCUCGCAGACCCCAGAAGAAACUCCUCUCCAGGAUGAGGUGGUACUCUCAAGUAAUAUUGAAGAUGUUAGCCACCAGGUUGAAAGAGAAUCACCAGUAGAUGGAGAUAUUUCAGCGCUGCAGAACACAGCUGAUCUUGUGCCUGAUAAAGUUGGUCACAAGGCUCAAAAAUUAACUCAGCUUCAUGAUUCAAGUGAUCAUGAGAAUGGAAAGCCAAGUGUAGAGCCUUCUAAAGUUAUUGAAACAGAUUCUGAAAAGCCAAAGAUUGUUGUUCCGACGAAAAAACAGGAAACACAGAAAGAUCUCCCAAAAGAGGGUUCUUCUCCUAAUACUCCCAAGGCAUCGUUUAAUAAAUCCUCCCGUUUCUUUUCUGCAUCUUUCUUCUCUUCCAAUCCAGAUGGGACCACGACAGUGUUUGCGAGUCUGGUUGCUUCUGUCAAACAGCAAUGGCCCAAGCUAGUUCUUGGGGUUGCACUUCUUGGGGCAGGACUGACAUUAUACUCCAAUGGAGUAGGGGGGAACAAUCAGCUGCUUCAACAGCCAGAUGUUAUCAGCACUAGUACAGAUGAUGUGUCUUCCAGUAAGAAACCGUUGAUCCGUCAAAUGCAAAAACUUCCCAAGAGAAUUAAGAAAAUGCUUGGGAUGAUUCCUCACCAGGAGGUCAAUGAGGAAGAAGCUUCCCUUCUUGAUUUUUUGUGGUUACUGCUGGCAAGCGUCAUAUUUGUGCCUCUAUUUCAGAAAAUUCCUGGAGGCAGCCCUGUUCUUGGGUAUUUAGCAGCUGGAAUUUUAAUUGGUCCUUAUGGUCUUUCGAUAAUCCGUAAUGUGCACGCCACCAAGGCCAUCGCAGAAUUUGGCGUUGUUUUCUUGCUUUUCAACAUUGGUCUUGAGCUAUCUGUUGAAAGACUGAGUUCCAUGAAGAAGUAUGUUUUUGGAUUAGGCUCUUCUCAGGUUCUGGUGACAGCAGCAGUAGUUGGAUUGAUUGCCCAUUAUGUUGCUGGUCAGGCUGGUCCAGCGGCAAUAGUUAUUGGAAACGGCCUGGCACUGUCCUCCACUGCUGUUGUCCUUCAGGUUCUACAAGAACGGGGUGAGAGUACAUCUAGACAUGGACGGGCUACAUUUUCCGUCUUGCUUUUUCAGGAUCUAGCUGUAGUUGUUCUACUGAUUCUCAUCCCACUUAUUUCACCUAAUUCAUCGAAAGGAGGGGUUGGGUUUCAAGCCAUUGCCGAAGCUCUUGGACUUGCUGCAGUCAAAGCAGCAGUUGCUAUUACUGCCAUUAUUGCUGGUGGCCGUCUUCUUCUUCGACCAAUCUACAAGCAAAUUGCAGAAAAUCGAAACGCCGAGAUAUUCUCUGCCAACACACUUCUCGUUAUUCUUGGGACUAGUUUACUGACAGCUAGGGCUGGCCUUUCCAUGGCAUUAGGAGCGUUUCUGGCUGGUUUACUCCUUGCGGAGACAGAAUUUUCGCUGCAAGUAGAAUCAGAUAUUGCUCCAUAUCGUGGUCUUCUGCUGGGUCUCUUCUUCAUGACGGUUGGCAUGUCUAUUGAUCCGAAACUUCUACUCUCUAACUUCCCUGUCGUAAUGGGAACUUUGGGACUCUUGAUAGUGGGCAAGACUUUAUUACUUGUGAUCAUGGGCAAAUUGUUCGGCAUUUCAAUCAUAUCUGCAAUUAGAGUCGGCCUUCUUCUCGCUCCAGGCGGAGAGUUUGCAUUUGUCGCUUUCGGAGAAGCUGUCAAUCAGGGUAUAAUGUCUCCUCAGUUAUCUUCGUUGCUGUUUCUUGUGGUGGGAAUCUCAAUGGCUAUCACACCUUGGUUAGCUGCUGGUGGCCAGUUAAUUGCAUCCCGGUUUGAGUUGCAUGAUGUUCGAAGUUUGUUGCCGGUUGAAAGCGAGACGGAUGAUUUGCAGGAUCACAUAAUCAUAUGCGGAUUUGGACGAGUUGGUCAGAUAAUUGCUCAGCUCCUCUCAGAAAGACUUAUCCCAUUCGUUGCCCUUGAUGUCAGCAGUGAUAGAGUGACGGUUGGGCGUUCCAUGGAUCUUCCUGUUUAUUUUGGAGACGCCGGUAGUAGAGAGGUUCUGCACAAAAUUGGAGCUGAGAGAGCAUGUGCUGCUGUGGUUGCCUUGGACGCACCAGGAGCUAAUUACAGAUGUGUCUGGGCUCUGAGCAAGUACUACCCCAAUGUCAAGACCUUUGUCCGUGCACAUGACGUUGUUCAUGGUCUCAAUCUAGAGAAAGCCGGUGCUACUGCUGUUGUCCCGGAGACUCUGGAGCCAAGUCUACAGUUGGCAGCUGCUGUUCUUGCUCAGGCCAAACUACCGACAUCAGAAAUCGCAAACACGAUCAAUGAGUUCAGAGCCCGCCACCUGUCUGAACUAACGGAGCUAAGUGAAGCAAGUGGAAGCUCCCUGGGCUACGGUUUCUCGAGGACGACGAGUAAGCCUAAAGCUCAACCGUCGGAUGCAUCUGACGAUAACCAGACAAUCGAAGGAGGGUCACUCGCGAUCUGAUGACCUUUUUUUCGUCAUUCUGGUAAAGAUGAAGAACAGUUGUCACCUUCUGUGGUGGCCAUGUUUUUGCUGGUACUGGUAGUUUCUUCUUUCACGGAAAAUGAAGAACCAGAUUUGAACACUUCCAGAAGGAAAUAUGAAUAUUUUCAUAUGUUGCAACAAAAGCAAGACUUACAACUGUGAUAGCAAAAUCAACAAGCAGACCCAACUGUUAGCCAAUGCCUCUAUUUCUUAGCAUCCUCCAGAACCCAAAGACAAAGCAUAUCUUCAAACAAUAUCUUCCCAACAUCUGUUUCUUUUAUAUAUGUAUAACAAGAAUUGCUGCUGUUUUACCAUGCGCAGUGAUCAUAUGUUAUGUUCUUUUUGAUCAGUUGUACAUUAAAGAAUUAUUAGCUCUAGCUGAAUCGAAUUUCUUGUCCUUAUUCGCGGAUUUCUAUGUGAGAUUUUGUAGAGAGAGAUUGACAUGGCUGUAUAUCCAUUAUGUGAAUCUCUCUGUGUGCAAACUAAAGAAUAAACAUAGGAGACGAUAUGAUAUGUAGUUGAUGAAUCC